GCGCGUCGCUUUAGACGUAGCCGACAGCCGCCGCCGCCACGAGGAAGAGCGGCUUGGGGCCUCGCCUCCUGCUCUUUGCGUCAGGAGGAGCGUCGGGGAAGGCGACCCUCGUGAAGGCGCGGAGGGCUUCGCUGCAGCCGGGCAGGCGUGGGAUUCCCCCCCGCCUUUCUUCAGGGUCCAGCGGGUCCUCGAAGGACAAAAAAACCUCCCGGGGGAUCGACAGCUGCAGCUUUCCCUGGUGCGGGGUGCAGCCGGAUCUUAAUCAGUAAGAUGCCUUUGUGGACUCGACAGUUAUCCAGAUGCUGCUCUUUGUUAAAUGCACACAGUAUUAUAAAGAGUACAGAGCUGAGAAAGCAAUCAGUAAAAAUGUGGACACGUUUUCUUGAACCAUCAAAGUUACAGUGCUUUUGUCCUUACGGAUAUUAUUGCCACAUGCUGUUAAAAAACUUUAGAACUUUGCAACUGGAGAAUCACAGGCAGGUCUGCAGCUCAAGUACUGAACCCCAUCAGACUUCACUUUCUUUGAUUGAUAAGCCAAAACCCGAGAUAGUACCUACUUUAGAUCCCGAAGAAUUGCUUCAAGAUUUGGAAGAUGACUUGCCUAUAUCACCCUUGGAGAAAAUUUCAGAAGACGAGUCUCUUCAAAUCAAAGCUGCACCACCACCUCCGUUAGAAUCUUUCUCACUUAGAGAUUAUGUUGACCAUUCAGAAACAUUGCGCAAAUUGGUGCUUCUAGGAGUCAACUUGUCCAUGUUGGAAAAACAUCCAAAUGCAGGCCAGCUUCUUGUAAAACUCGAUUUUGAAACUGAUAUUAAAAAAAUCCUUCUAUUUCUUAAUGAUAUUGGUUUGGAAGAUACACAAUUUGGGACAUUUCUCACUAAAAAUCCUUAUAUUCUCAACGAAGAGGUGGAAGAUCUAAAAACAAGGGUCAACUAUCUAAUAUCAAAAAAAUUUCCCAAAGAAGCAGUUACACAAAUGGUCUUAAGGGCUCCAGAUUUACUCCUUCUUUCUGUGGAAAAUCUGGAUGAUAGAUUGGGUUUCUUCCAAAAUGUACUUGGACUAAAUCCAAGAAAGACUAGAAAUCUGGUAACCCGUCUUCCAAGAUUGCUGACAGGCGAACUUGAACCAAUCGAAGAAAAUCUUGCAGUGUAUGAGCAAGAACUUGGAUUUAGUAAGAAUGAAAUCCGCCAUAUUGCACACACAGUCCCUAAAAACUUAAGUAUAGGCAAAAAGAAGUUAACACAGAUUUUUGAUUAUGUGCAUAAUGUAAUGGGCAUUUCCCACAAACUUAUGGUACAUUUUCCUCAGAUUUUUAAUGGAAAGUUAUUACGAAUCAAAGAAAGACAUCUAUUUCUUAAGUUCCUGGGAAGGGCCCAAUAUGAUCCGGAGCAACCAAACUACAUCUCCUUGGAAAAAUUGAUAGCCAUGCCAGAUGAUGUGUUUUGCGCUGAAGUUGCUAAAGCAGAAGUAACAGACUUUGAAAAAUUUUUGAAAACGCUGUAAAGAGGAACUUUAAAAAAAAAAUACAAAACAUACUUCUAACUGCAAAUUUUGAUAAAACUUUGUCAAUAAGUAAAAUUACUUCUAAAUAUGCAAACAAAUUUAGAAAUAAGAUACAACUUAUAUCCAAGCGAGCUGAUAAAUGUUAAGAAAACCAAGCAUCCUAAACCAAAUAUAAGGAUGAUUAAGCAUUUAUAGUGAUGAGUGCAGCCACUAGUGUUUCCCACCAGUGACCUAGAUGUAAUGUUUACCUAACAAUAUCUGUUUUUAGAUUUAUUCCAUAGUGAAUAAAUCAACAUUAUUACAUACAAUAGAGAAGUCUGGUAGCAUCUUUUCAGACACAUAAAUGUGAGAUACAGCUCACUUCAUCAGAUGCAAGAUUCAAACUGGGAAGAGAUGGAGGAAGGAGAAGUUGUUAUGCAAGUGCAGGUUACAUUCAAGACAAAUUAAAAUUUCCCUAUUAAAUAUACUGUGUAUACAGUAUACUUAGUAUACUAUGUAAAUAUACUGUGUAUAUUUAUUAAUUAAAUAUACUAUAAUUUAAUUAAACACAUAAUUAUAAAUCACCUCAACCAAAAGUUUGUUUUUCAUCCAUUUUAGAGGCUGUAUUCAUCUCAGGUCUGUCUAUGUUUUGCAUAACUGCAUUCUACAAUUGCAUAAUUUUGUGGCAUAUUCCAACCCCUGCCGCAGAAACUUUAAGGGGAAAAAACUUUACUUGAUGAUUAAUGAGAGUUCUUCAUUGCAGUGAAUAUAAGUGAGAUAUUCUCUUUAACAUUUAAGCAUUUAAUAUGAAAAUUAAAAGUAUAUGGAGAUAAGAGUAUGUCACAAAAACGACAUGGUGUGUCACCUGCAGCAUGCAUCUCAUAGGUUAGUCAUCAACGGUCUAGAGACAAUGGAUUUCUUUAUGCACUUUCAUCUCACUCUCAACUCUUGCAUUGCAAGGAAUUGUAGUGAUUUACUGACUUUAGUUUUUAUGCAUGUGAAUUUUGUAUCUACAACUCUAUUCUAGGUCAUAUUUGAUAUGAUCUUAGGAUCACAACGGAAUCAGUGCAGAAUAAAUCUACAUGUCCAAUGAAGAAAUUAUAACUGCAGUUGGGUUGCUUCCUAGGAUGUCCAUGGUGUACGAAGUCACCAUCUGUAUUUUAAAUGGAAAAGCAGAGCCUUCAAGAGACUUUUUUCCUUAAUUCUUAUACCCUCUACUUCUUCCCAAUUGAGUAGUCAAAUUUUGUGAAGUUCUUAGAAUUUUCUCAGCACUAUUAUUAGUCUGAGAGGAGCCAAGCAAAUGUACUUCCUGAAGCUGAUGUACACCUUUUUUUGCUAGUGGAUAAAUGACAAUAAAAGGUGUCUUGUGGCAAUGUUUUUGCUGCUUCAUUUUGCUGUGUGAUUGGAUUGGUUCCCUAAAGUGUGGAUGAAAAUGGAGAAAUGAUUUCCAUAUUUAAGAAAUCAAGUUCAACUAGACAACUUGGGUUGUUAUUGUGUGAGCUACACCAUGGUUCUGCGCUUUACAGGCAAUUUGAUUUGACUAAUUCCAAGAUACAUUUUCACAUUAAACUAUUCUAAUAAAUAGUAAUCCAAAUUAUUGUGGAGGUUAAUUCAGAAGGAAAAUGGAAACGUAAUAUUUGGAUACAGUACUUUCUAAAAUAUAGCAUGAAGUUAUAAUUUAGUUUACUUGUAUACCACCCAGAAUCCCUCUGUGAGGGAGAUGGGCAGUUUCUAUAGUUGAUAAGUAAAUAAAUAAAUAAAUAAAUAUGAA